UAAAAGACUCCGCAUAUGAAGGAUGUCAGAGCUGAGUCAGACCCAAAAGAAAAGCUGAAAUCCCAACAUACAAAACCAAGUGCGCAGGAGGAGACACCCUCAAAUGAAGCUUCAGCAAUGGCGUUAAUGGCAACCAGAACAAACUUCUUUAGGCUCCUCACAACAAAAGCACCAAUUUUGGGAUCUGGGUCUUGCUCCAAUGGCCUCAAGCGACCGGUUCGGGUUGACCGGGGCGGUGGAGCCGGGUUGACGUCGCCGUAUUCCACCUCUGCGGUGGCGCAGCAGCCAGAGUCCGGGAUCAUUGGGUCGAGGCCACCGCACAUGGGGUUGGAGAUAUUGGGUGUGAAAGAUUACGAAGAUUAUAGGAGGUCUUUGUAUGGUGAAAUCACUCACAAGGCUUUGCUUGUUGAUGCUGUUGGUACCCUUGUUGUUCCUUCCCAACCAAUGGCUCAGAUAUAUAGGAAGAUAGGCGAGAAAUAUGGAGUGGAGUACUCAGAGGCCGAGAUUUUAAACAGAUACAGACGAGCUUACGAGCAGCCUUGGGGAAGAUCUCGUCUCAGAUAUGUAAAUGAUGGGAGACCCUUCUGGCAAUAUAUAGUCAGUUCUUCCACUGGCUGCUCAGAUUCUCAGUACUUUGAAGAGCUUUAUAACUACUAUACGACUGACAAGGCUUGGCACCUCUGUGAUCCUGAUGCUGAGAGAGUGUUUAAAGCUCUGAGGAAAGCAGGUGUCAAAGUAGCUGUUGUGUCAAAUUUUGAUACCCGAUUAAGACCUGUUUUACAUGCUCUACAUUGUGAACAAUGGUUUGAUGCAAUAGCAGUGUCAGCUGAAGUUGAAGCAGAGAAGCCAAAUCCAACAAUAUUUCUUAAAGCUUGUGAGUUAUUGGGAGUAAAACCUGAGGAUGCUGUGCACGUAGGUGAUGAUCGUAGGAAUGAUAUAUGGGGUGCUAGAGAUGCAGGCUGUGAUGCUUGGCUUUGGGGAAGUGAUGUUCACUCCUUCAAGGAGGUGGCUCAGAGGGUAGGGGUCCAUGUUUAACAUGAUGUCGUAUUAUUAUGCGACCUGAACGAUGCUCGCUCUGUACAGGUUUUUAUUUAGCUUCUUCAAUGCGGGUGUUGUGUGUAAUGUGCUUUUGUUGUAAUAUGUAUCAGAGAGGCGUGAUUUGGUGCUAAUUUAAAGAAACACAUUGAUCUCCUUCAAUAAGUAUAACUAGUUUGGGUGCAAAAA